CAUAUCAAAGCCGCUAUCUCCCCCUAGCGGCGGGAGGAUGCGGCGCAGAGGAUGCUAUGAAUCAUUCGUUGGGAAAACGACAUGUCAGCCGUCAGUGAUGAAAACCGUCCGUCCUCAUCGCGUCGUGACGAGCUGAAGCGGCUGCAGCGCAGAUCCUCCUCCCGGCUCGUUUGGAGGCAGAAUCGGGAUCCGGACGCAUCCUUCGGCCGCCGCAGCUUCGGAUGAGGAUCCGCGAUGCUGGUUCGGUCCGCUUAGAGUUCUGCUCGCCUCUGCGCUCUCACAAGGCAUUCCGUCCGUCUGCUGGCAACUGUUGCUUUAUUUCCCCUGUAAAUGAAUCUGGUCAGGUUCAUGAACAACCGUGUUCCUCCUAACAAGAGAUACCAGCCCACAGAAUAUGAGCACGCUGCCAACUGUGCUACACAUGCGUUAUGGAUAAUCCCCAGCCUGCUGGGCAGCUCCCUGCUGCACUUCCACUCAGAGGACCAGUGGGAGCGGCUGUCGGCGUGGGUAUACGGGGCAGGGCUGAGCUCGCUCUUCAUCAUCUCCACCCUGUUCCACACUGUGGCCUGGAAGAAAAGUCACCUACGGUCUGUGGAGCACUGUUUCCACAUGUGUGACAGGAUGGUGAUCUAUUUCUUCAUCGCCGCCUCCUACGCGCCGUGGCUGAACCUGCGGGAGCUCGGCCCUUGGGCGUGCCAUAUGCGCUGGCUAGUGUGGGUUAUGGCUUCCUUUGGAACUACCUACGUCUUCUUCUUCCAUGAAAGGUAUAAAAUUAUGGAGUUGAUCUGCUACACCGUCAUGGGAGUUUUUCCAGCUUUGGUAAUCCUCUCGAUGCCGGAGCAGUCGGGUUUGUGUGAACUGCUGUUAGGUGGCGCCUGCUACUGUCUGGGAAUGGUUUUCUUCAAAAGCGACGGCAUCGUCCCAUUCGCUCAUGCCAUUUGGCACCUGUUUGUAGCUAUGGGAGCAGCCAUACACUACUAUGCCAUCUGGAAAUACCUCUACGCCCAACCACCCAAUCAGGUUCAAACCUCAAGAUGACAUCACAGCUGACCUCAAGCAGAGUAGCUCUUGGUUUUUGCUUUUUGUUUUUGUUUGUUUUUUGGUUUUUUUUGGGGGGGUUUCAUAAAGUGGUCUGAGUUCAGGGGCUGCCUCUUUGCAAGACCAGUAUUUAAAAAAGGCAUUCUUCAGUCAUUAUUAUCAGAGGUCAUCGUGUGAUCAAAUGGGCACACCUUUGCACAUUAAUCAUGCUAAUGGGAGU